AUGGAAGCAUCUAACAGUAAGUAUCUCACUAUAGAUUUUCACUUCAACGGCAUGUUUGCACCAAACCCGUUAGUGUACUUAGACCCUAUGAGAAUGUCAGUUCGUGAUGUGGAUUUUGGUGGCAUGAACUAUAGAAAAUUUGUGUUGUGGGUUUCAAAGCUGACAAGACGAAGCUGUGAGAACUUGUACUAUUGUAGUACUCAUGAAAGAUUGGCAGAGGGUAUCAGAAGAAUCGAAAAUGAUGUUGACUAUUUUGAGUUUAUUGAAGAUGGUUACAUGGAUAAGCAGGAGCUAAGGAUGAAUGUGUACAUUGACCACGAAAACGAACCCAUUCUUGACUGGGCCGAUAAGGAGUUGUUAACAGGUGAUGAGCUGUCUGAUGUAAUAGAAGAUGAUGAUACAGAGUCACAAAUUUCAGAUAUAAGGGAAUGUGAGCAUGAACCUGAUGAAGAGGUGCAUACAUUUGACAAAACAGAUGAUGAUGAAUUCUUGAACAAGUUGUGUGGUAAACCCAUUCUCAAUAGUAAUCAAGAAGAAGUAAAUGAUGCUGAUAAUGAUGAAGAUAGUGAUAAAGAUGAUGAGGUUGUGUUCCCUGUCUUUGAUGAGAAGCAAGAAUGGGAUAAAAUGGUCCCAGUUUUAGGUAUGAAGUCUGCCAACCCUCUUGAAUUGAAGCUUUGUCUAACCAACUAUGCUGUCAAGAAUGGGGAAAGAGGAGAUAACAGAUCAGCAUGUCCUCAAAGACCAAGUGAUGCACCACCUACUUCAGGUAAAGUAGACCUUGAAGCUGAAUUGGAAGUGGAACAUGUUGUCAUGUUUGAAAGUGAAAGUGAUAGUGACUUUGAAAGUGAGAGUGAUGUGGAAGCUAAUGUUCCUGAAGUUGAUGUUCUUGAACCUGAUGUGGAAGCUGAAGUUGAUGUUCCUGAAGUUUAUGUGAUUCAAGAUGACAUUCAAGUUGAUGCUAACAUUGACGUUGAUGUUCUUGAAGUUGACUUGGUACCAGAAGUUGAAGUUGAUGCUAACAUAGAAGAUGAGAUUCAAGCUAACAUUGAAGUGGAACAUGAAAUUGAAGUUCAAGAUAAUGUGGAACAGGAAAUUCAACACAAUGCAGAAAAUCAAGUUAGGAAGAGGACAAGAAAAACUUCAGAAAGAAUCACAAAGAUUCAGAUAAGGAAGAACAUAAGGAGGAAUGAAGGAAGCAGUACUGACCACCCACUGGAGAUUUGA